AUGGGCCUCUUCAAGCGCAACUCCAAGGCCUCUGUCCAGAGUGACCGGGACGAGCAAGAGUCGUUCGUCUCGGUCAACUCCGCCCGCACCUCCAACACCUCCCUCCGAUCCCCUGGCUACAAAGGCACCCUGGACCCCGCCGCCUAUCUACGCAGCAUCCACGCCGUGCGCGAGCGUGCCACCAUCGUCCUCAACAAGGCCAAGCAGAACCAGCUCAAGCAUUUCGACGUCGACCUCUCCAAAUUCGCCGCCACGGCCUCCUACGUUGUCUCCAUCAUCAAGCGAGACUACGCCCCCGACUAUGAUAACAUCCCGCCACACGGCCGCUGGCAACACUUCGACGUCGGCGGUCGUCCCCGCAUUAACCAGCUGCUCCAAUCCUGGCCCAGUCAGAUUGACGCCCAGGAGCGCACUCGUCGCCUGAUCGACCUGUUCGUCGUGUCGGUCCUGCUCGAUGCGGGUGCCGGCACGAAAUGGUCUUACAAAUCGAAAGAGUCCGGCAAAAUUUACUCCCGCAGUGAGGGUCUGGCCGUGGCCAGCCUGGAAAUGUUCAAGUCCGGUCUGUUCAGCAGUGACCCGACCGAGCCGUGCCAUGUUGACGGCGAGGGAUUGAAGAGGGUCACCGUCGAGAAGUUGGCCAAGGGGAUGCAGCAUUCGGAGCAGAACGCGCUGGCGGGACUUGAAGGCCGCGCGGGACUCUUGCAGCGCUUGUCAGAUGCAUUAAAUAACCAGGAUUUCUUCGGAGUAGAUGCUCGACCGGGAAACAUGCUCGACUACUUGCUCAGCCACCCCUCAACUCUGGCUUCAUCCGUGCCCAUUGUUCCCAUCACUACCCUUUGGUCCGUCCUGAUGGAUGGGUUCUCCUCCAUCUGGCCCCCGUCCAGAACCCAGAUCGACGGCGUAUCAAUUGGAGAUGCUUGGGAGUGCUCGAGUCUCCCUCCCUCUCCACCUGCACAGGCGUGGGAAAGCAUCAUUCCUUUCCAUAAGCUGACGCAAUGGCUCUGCUACUCGAUCAUGGUCCCCAUGUCCAAAUUAAUGCACAUCCACUUCGCUGGCAGCGACCUCCUGACCGGACUUCCCGAAUAUCGCAACGGUGGCCUCCUGAUCGACAUGGGCCUUUUGAGUCUCAAGGAGGAGGAUAUGGAGCGUGGAGUCCAGGCGUUCAAGGAGAAUGCGCAGAUCAAGGGCCAGCCCAAUAUGGAGGUCGUGCCUCUUUUUUCCACGGACGACGAUGUGAUUAUCGAAUGGCGAGCGGCCACCGUGGGCUUCUUGGAUGAAUUGCUCGAUGAAGUCAACAGCCAGCUCGGAUUCAGCGGGACAGAAGAAAUGCUCUCCUUGGCUCAGUUACUGGAGGCCGGUACAUGGAAGGGCGGUCGUGAAAUCGCCGAAGUCUCCAGACCAAACACAAAGGAACCCCCCAUUAUGAUCCGCUCCGACGGCACCGUCUUCUAA